AUGGUGAAGGGUGCGACGGCCACUGUUGCCGACACCGGCCCCGGCAUCUACAGUGCCACCUACAGUGGUAUCCCCGUGUAUGAGUUCCAAUUCGGCGCCGAUCUGAAGGAACAUGUAAUGCGCCGACGUCAAGACGACUGGAUCAAUGCGACACACAUCCUCAAAGCCGCUGGCUUCGACAAGCCGGCACGAACCAGGAUUCUUGAGCGAGAAGUACAGAAGGACGUCCAUGAGAAGAUCCAGGGCGGUUAUGGCAAAUACCAGGGUACCUGGAUUCCCCUCGAGGCUGGCGAGCAACUUGCGCAUCGCAACAACGCCUACGAGAAACUCCGACCCAUCUUCGAGUACAUUCCUGGCAACCAGAGCCCCCCUCCUGCUCCUCGUCACACCAGCAAGCCAAAGGCUCCCAGAAAACCAGCCGUGCCCAAGUUCCCAUUACCCAGAGCGGCAGCGGCAGCGGCAGUGGCGGCGGCGGCAGCAGCGGCUGCUGCAGAGGAGUUGGAGACCGCGGGCCAACAGCUGAAUGAUGACGAUACCCCCGACAACGUCACAGUGGCCUCGGCCUCGUACAUGGCUGAAGAAGACCGCCAGGAUAUGUCGCAUUACUCCACGGGCCAUCGUAAGAGAAAGCGCGACGAGCCUGUCCAGGACCUCACGGAGCAGCAACAUGCCGUCUACGGCGAUGAGUUGUUGGAUUACUUCCUCCUCUGCCGCCAGGAUGCGCCGACUUUCCGACCUGAGCCACCCCCUAAUUUCCAACCUGAUUGGUAUAUUGAUUCGGAGAGGCACAGCGCGCUUCACUGGGCAUCUGCCAUGGGUGAUGUGGAUGUGGUCAAACAGCUGAAGCGAUUCAACGCGAAUCUGGCCGCGCAGAAUGUUCGGGGGGAGACGCCCUUCAUGCGUGCUGUGAACUUCACCAACUGCUAUGAGAAGCAAACGUUUCCGGCCAUCAUGCGCGAGCUGUUCGACUCGGUUGAUGCCAGAGACGAGACAGGCAGUACCGUCAUUCACCACGCCACCAUCAUGAAGAGUGGCAGAGUGACAAGCCACUCCUGCUCCCGCUACUAUCUCGACAACAUCCUCAAUAAGCUACAGGAGAUUCAUGACCCGAGCUUCGUCCAGCACAUAAUAGAUGCUCAGGACCACAAGGGCAACACUGCCUUGCAUCUCGCCGCCCAGACCAAUGCCCGCAAAUGCAUACGAGCACUGCUGGGCCGAGGAGCAUCGACCGACAUCGCAAACGCUGAGGGUGUUCGCGCCGAGGAGAUGAUCCAGUCACUCAAUGCCUCGAGAGGGCCCAAGGAGCGUGCCCCGCAGCGUUCGUCGUCGCCUUUCGCGCCCGAAUCACAGCGCCAUGUGUCUUUCCGCGAUGCACUGACCGAAAACGGCAACAAGGUGGCCCCCACAUACAACUCUGAGGCCGCAAGCACGGUGCAGAAUAAGAUCACGCCUCUUGUGAUGGGUAAAUUUCAGGAAUUGAUUCAGAGUUACGAAGAGGAAUGGAAGGAGAAGAAUGAAGCCGAAUUGGAGGCCCGCCGCAUUCUGGCCAACACGGAGGGCGAGCUUGCUAUGGUACACCAGCAGAUCGCAGAGUUGCAAGCCACUCUUGAGCCUGAGGACAAAACCGCGCAGACCCAAGCCGAGGCGAACCUGUUGCAACAAGAAGUCCUGGAUCUUCUAGCCACCCAGAACCAUAUCCACAUCGAAGCAGCCGUCCAGCAGGCCCUUGCCGCUACCAACGGGAAUGGGAACAUCAAUGGUACGGAUGAUGACGAAUCGCCCGAAGCAAUGACGAGACUGAGACAGGAGGUCCGUGAUGCCAUUUUGGAUCAGCGCCAGGCCGAGAAAGAGUACGUGGAGGCGAUGGCCGUUGCCGGGACCGGCGACAAGAUUGACCAGUACCGACGUCUCCUGAAGCAGUGUCUGGACCGCAACGAUGCCGAAAGUCUGGACGCGAACCUGGAUGAUUUGAUUGAAAUGAUGGAGGAGGAGCGCAGUGGGGUUGGGGCUGUUAUUAUGCCUCCGGGAGAGCCGAUGAUGAUGUAA